CGCCGCCGGCAGCGGCAGCGCCGGCACCGGGGCGGACGGACGGACGGACGCCUGCCUGCCUGCCUGCCUGCCUGCCUGCACCGCGCUCCCGGCUCCGCUGCGCCCCGCUCCCGGCACUCGGCUCCGCUGCGCCCCGCUCCGCCCGGCGGAGGCUCGGCGCCCGGCACGGCGGCGGCAGCGCGGCCCGCAGCCCCGGCCCCAGCCCCGGCCCCAGCCCCGGCCCCGGCGGGCGGCGGGAUGGCCGCCAAGCCGGGCGAGCUGCUGGGCGUCUGCUCCAGCUACCAGGCGGUGAUGCCGCCCUUCGUGUGCGCCGCCGAGGAGUUCCCGCCGCCGGCGCGGCCCGCGCGGGCGCCCCGCGGCAAGGCGCGGCGGCCGCGGCAGUCGCGCUUCAAGACGCAGCCGGUGACUUUCGACGAGAUCCAGGAGGUGGAGGAGGAAGGCGCCUCCCCGACGGAGGAGGAGAAGGCGCGGCGCUCCUUCCUGCAGUCCCUCGAGUGCCUGCGCCGCAGCACCCAGAACCUGGCGCUGCAGCGCGGCCGCCUCGGCAGCUGCCGCCUCCGGCACAGCCUCGACUCCAGCGACUCGGACUCGGCGCUCUGAGCGCGGCCCCCGGGCGGGCGGACCGACCGACCGACCGACGGACAUGGACUCGGCUGCGCGGAGCCGCCCCGGCCCCGAGGGAGCCGGCGCCGCCGCCAGCCAGGUCAGGAUGUUUUCUGAGAAAGCGCUUGUACCUUCGUUCCUAUUCGAGCGUAUGAAACUCUCGGUAUGAAAGACAAAAAAAGAAAAAAAAAAAAAAAACAACAAAAAACUUUUCUAAUCGUUAGAAGAAACGAGCUGUUUUAGAUGCAUUGAGCUGCUGGACUUUAUAUUUAUUUUUGCAUUUAAACUGUUGACUGCAUUAAUUUAAUAUGUUUCUACCUGAAUGUCUGUUGUUAUUUCCAUAAAAGAGAAAUAAAAUCUGAUAUAUUUGCACAGUA